AUGAAAUGUUCUCGGAGAAAUCAUUUCAUUCAACUCUUCUUCUCGUCGUGUUGUCAUUUCUUAGCAAAGAUGCCGACAUAUGAAGAAAUGGGGCCAGCGAAUGAAGCUCCUCCACCACCGCCGCCUAACCAAAAAGGAGAAUAUCCGCUUGCAGCAGUUGCACCGUUGCGCGAAGGCGAUGAGCUGAACCUUGACUCGACAGAUACCGCAUUGAAGGAAGCGAAAGAAAAAGCAAUCGAGAUGGUCAACAAGGGAAAAGCUGAGCUUGAAAAGAAGCCAAAUCGCCGUGACGAGAUCAUCUUGGUGGUUGUGGUCGGUGUGUUUUGUGUUGUUUUGACGAUUGUGGCAUUGAUAGCGCUCGUGUUCGUGGGUCUCAUCGCCGCGAAAGUGAUU